AUGACUGAAUCAUCUCCUCAAAACAUUGAAAGGAUAAGCCGCAAAUAAAAUAAGGAAGCCACCAGUUCGAAACACUGAGAGUUUGUCAUCCAUGGCUCUAAACAUUGCCUCCACGUCACUGUCAAGCUUUACAAUCAGGGAUGUAUCUCAGAAAUCUUUCCCAUUGAAGACCAUAACAUGCUCAGUAGGGAAAACACGAGUGAAGGCAACAAAAGGGGUGUCAAGUGUUUGCGAACCGCUUCCUGCAGAUAGGCCGUUGUGGUUCCCUGGCAGUUCGCCUCCUCCGUGGCUUGAUGGCAGCCUUCCCGGAGACUUUGGCUUUGACCCACUUGGAUUAGGAUCUGAUCCAGAGUCGCUUAAAUGGUUUGCACAAGCUGAACUAAUGCAUGCCAGGUGGGCAAUGCUUGCCAUAGCUGGAAUUCUUGUACCAGAAUGGCUUGAAAACUUAGGCUUUAUCGAGAACUACAACUGGUUCGAUGCGGGUGCUCGUGAAUACUUUGCAGAUCCUACAACUUUGUUUGUCGUUCAAUUAGGCCUGAUGGGAUGGGUCGAGGGCAGGAGAUGGGCUGAUAUGCUUAAUCCGGGGUGCGUUGACAUUGAGCCUAAGCUUCCACAUAUAACAAACCCGAAAACAGAUGUUGGAUAUCCAGGGGGCUUAUGGUUUGAUCCAUUGAUGUGGGGAAUGGGGUCUCCAGAACCAGUAAUGGUAUUGAGGACGAAGGAGAUUAAAAAUGGACGUCUUGCUAUGCUAGCAUUUGUUGGCUUCUGGUUUCAACAUAUUUACACUGGCCAAAGCCCCCUCGAAAACUUGCAGGCACACAUUGCAGAUCCUGGUCACUGCAACAUAUUUUCAGCCUUCACUUCGCAUUGACGUUGAGGAUUCGAGCUGGUUUGGAGAGAGAUCCAUCAUUGAUGUGGUGACAGAUUAACAGAACUCUGUAACCUGGUUGAUUUCCUUAUGGAUUAGCUUAGAAAUUGUAUAUGGCAAGCACCCAUGAAAACAAAGUUUGUUCUUUCCUUCUAUCUGUGUUUUACCCGCUUCAAUCUAAAUGAAAGAUCGAUAGGCACCUUGCAUGCA